AUGAGUAAGCUAGAUGUAGUCACGCGGAUCUUAUAUUCAGUUGAUCCGAAUGCUGAAGAUUUUACUGAGAGACUGAUGAAAUCGAAAGAAUGGCAUCCAAACCCGGAUCAGCCAAGACAUAGAACUGGUUUGUGGCUUCCCGAUAAAGGACUUAGAUAUCAGGAUAUUCCAGAGGAAUUUCUUGAGAAUUGGAACGGACUUCAGUAUCCGAGAGAGACGUGUGACUAUUUUCUUGAGCAUAUUGACGUUGUGGAUCUUGCCGAGUUCAAAGAGGAUGACGUGAGGAAUGACUGCACAGUAAGAGCCGGGUUUGUCUUGGCUCUUCUUAUGAAGGAAGUCUUAGGUAAUCGGGCAGACAACGGAAGAGAAAUCGUAAAUUCUGAGGCAGAGGAGCUGGAUAUACUUGAUGAUACGGCUGAAUUCGUGAAAUCGGAUCUCGCCGAGUUAUUCCUACAUAAGUUUGCAUCGAUCAUGAUGGAAGGCGAUACAUCGGCUGCCCGAGUUAUGAUGUGGUCACAAUUUGAAAGUAGGACAUGUGCUUUCACCGACAGUUGUUUGUCUCAGCUUGAUUCACUCAUGUAUUCAUAUCCUGUCUCCAGAAAUUUGGUAGAGAUAUACAAAAAGAGGCGCCGACUUGUAAAGAUCAAGCACGUUUGCUCUAAGGGGGUGGAUGCUGCCCUCGACUGCAUCCAAGAUAUUGGUAGAAUGUCAUCUCAAUCUGAUCGAUUUAUUAAACAUCUUCGGACUGGGGAAGACCUUGAGGGUGAGGAAUUUGCCAGUUUUGGUAAAGAGUGUGAGGCCGAGUUGAUAAAAUAUAAGGCUAAGGUGACGCAGCAAUUGAAGGGUAAGAUACGUACAUUUCAAUUGGAUCCUAAAAAUCAUCCUCCUUGUGAAUUUAUUAGGAAAUGGGAUGGUCUAAGUUGGCCCCAAAACUUGGUGGAUUACUUUGCUAGUAUUAAUUCUUCUCGAGGAAAUGAAGAUAACAGUACAACAAGUCUUCAAUACUGGUUGAAGCAGUUUACCAGUGAUCCAGAGUUACCAUUAGACCCGGAUCCAGUAAUAGAAAAAGUUGAUGAUCUCUUGAGAUACGAAAUUGAAUUGAGCGACAUUUUUGACCUGAAAGUACGCAAGUUAAUUCGAGAUCACUGGGUUUCUAGUCGGUUGUAUGAUUUCAUGGUGGAAUUAUCGAAAAGGCUAGUCAAGGAAGGAUAUCCCGACUCCAAGAAGCAGAUACAGUCGUCUUGCUUGAACAUGCUUUUAAAAGUGAAGCAGGGGUCAAUGGAAAAUAAGAAGAUCAUUGUGACGCUAAAGGAAACCUUUGAAAUGAUUUUAGAAGAAUGCAAAGAAAACUAUAACGAGUGGCUCCAGUCAUUCAACACUUCAAGUCCGGGAGAAAUACACUAUAUAUUAGAUAAAUACCAGCCGCAGAAGUUGAAUGAACGAUUCAAGAACAAGCUGGAUGAUCUUUCGGAUGAUGAUAUACCCGACGGAAUUGAAAAGGAUAUUCCUACAGAUGUCCUCUAUGAAUGGAAGGAUGAAGAAAGUAUCGUGGCUGUGAACGACUUUAUGGACAAAUACAGAGAUUUUUUUGUAGAUGCACCUUCUCCGUUCAUCGGUGUUACGUCAGAUAAUUUCUUCUUGAAACGAUUUGAGGGCCUAUCAUUGGGAGGUAACGUCACAAAUAUCUCAGAAUACUUCGAUCAGAUCGAUAGAAGGGUGAAAAGAAUUAGAGAAGAAAACGAAGGCAGUGAUAUUCCAGAAAAUUUGGUUACUCUUGCGCUAUUUAACAAACUAUCAGGGUGCUAUGCACAUUGGAGAGGAGAAUAUGCCAGUGAUUUGAACGAAAAGAAACACUACAAAGUUCAGCCAGAAAAUUACUUUUCAGGCAUUGAAGAGUACAAGCGCAGAAUUCGGGACUUUGCAGCAAUGAAGUUUUAUCAGGGACUAUAUGACAAUGGACUUACUGCAAACAUUGAGGUUCAGUCUCGGAGAAAGAAACGGCAUACAAAAAGAACGAAGCCAUCUCCUAAUUGA